AUGGACUCGUUUUUUGAUUACUCACAGAAAGGUGACAGCUUUGUGCGCCAACUUUCCUCAUUGCCCAUGCCACGCUCAGCAUCCAACUUGAACUCUGAUGGUGAGCAUAGGUCAUCCUCAGGCUUAGUUAUGGAACAGUCAGCAACAUCAUCAACUAUGUCUUUUGAAUGCAUAGAGCAGCUGGAGGCAUUGCAGAAGGCCAAUGCAGAGCUUGGGCGGAAGCUGAUUGAGGUUGAGAGGACACUUGAGAACAGGCUGAAUGAGCAUGACAUGGAUUUGGAUGAGAUGCAGGGGCACUUGGAAGAACUCAAGAGUGAACUCACUUCUACCAAGCAGAAGGAGAAGGAGCUCUGAA